UAAAAGUACGAAUUUUUAUUGCUCCUGUUGUCAGAAUAGACAAAGUUUCAUUACUAUUCGUUGUGUUAUUCUGUGGAAGUAUCGUGACCACUGUGGUGUUGGUAUGUGGUAGAGAGUUGUUCAAUUACCGAAAUUAACGGGAAAAGUUCAUUGUUUACUGCAGUUAAGGCGGGGACAUAUAGCGUGUAUAUUAUCUAUGUGCACUUGAGGUGCAUGUGUGGAGAUGGCCAAGAUGGGGAAACACUGUGAUGAAUCCUAGAAAAUUUACAUUAUUAAACAGACCUAUGUAGCAGCAGAAAUGUCAAGCAGAUUGGACCGACUCUUCUUGCUGUUGGAGAAUGGAGGAUCGGGCGUCACUCGUCAAGCAGCAGCACAGCAGUUGGGUGAAGUUGUGCGUCUCCACCCGCAUGAGCUUAAUUCCCUUAUUAAUCGUGUUCAUGUGUACCUCAGCUCAAAGUCAUGGGACGUUAGGAUUGCUGCUGGACUCGCAGUUGAGGCCAUUGUUAGCAAUGUUCCUCAGUGGAAUCCUCAGCCUCUGCAGGUUGAACGAGGUGUCUCGGAGGAAGAUUGUGUUAAACCGUCGAGUGGUAGAUUAUCCCUUGGGACAUUCAAUAUCAGCCAUGUUCUCCAAAAAGGAUCAUAUCUCAUGGCAGCAGAUGAAAAGCUUUUUGAGGCAGAGGAUGAAAAUAUGCCGCUGAAUCCAGCGGACCGACUUGCUUGUCAGCGCCGUCUUGUGAACCAGAGACUUGGUCUGGAUAUUGCUGAGGCAAUGGGAAUAGACACUGAAGGUAUCUUUACCAAUGAUGACCUGGCUGAGUCUCCAGUGGAAGGGACCUUAAUCAAUGGCCAAGGAAAGGAAAAUGUUAUGAACAUUGUCAAGAAGGAAAUUAAAUCUGCUGAAUUGGCUUUGAGUUCAAGGGAGUUGAAUCGGGCUCGAAGGAAAGCUAAACUGUUAGCCAAACAGAAAUCAGUUGAUGUAUCGGAAUGUGUAACUGAUGAAGGUCCGGAGAAGAAACGUAUGCGUGUUGCUAGUAUGGUGAACCAAGACCCAGCUGGCAGUGAUGAUGAUGAACGGAUGGUUGUGGAUGAGGGACCACUGGGUCUCAACCUCGGGGAGGAGGGAUGUGAAUGGCCCUUGGAGAAUUUUUGUGAAAUCCUUGCUACUGAUUUAUUCAGUCUGGCAUGGGAGACCCGGCAUGGGGCAGCCACAGCACUCAGACAAGUGAUCAAAGUUCAUGGGCGAGGUGGUGGCAAGACAACAUACCACACAAAGGAGCAGAUGGAACAGAACCAUCAAGCUUGGUUAGAGGACAUGGCUGUGAGACUCAUGUGUGUUUUGGCUCUUGAUCGUUUUGGUGACUUCGUGUCAGAUCAAGUUGUGGCACCAGUCAGAGAAACAUGUGCUCAAGCUCUGGGUAGUAUCCUGCACCUGCUUAGUGAAGGCGGUGUGUAUGGUGUGCUCUCUCUGCUGGAGACCAUGUUGUCGUGGGGAGACUGGGAGGCCCGGCAUGGUGGACUGUUAGGUCUUAAGUACCUCCUGGCUGUGAGAGAAGACUUGAGAACUAAACUGUUCACUCAUACCUAUCCCCACAUUUAUAAAGGUUUACUGGAUGAGAUGGACGACGUUGUAGCUGUGGCUGCAUCAUGCCUUGUCCCUGUGGCAGACAGUGUGGUGAAUCUUCAGGAUAAGGAGGUGGUGAUGAAGCUGGUGGCCACACUCUGGGAUGCCUUGUUAGACAUAGAUGACCUGACAUCUUCAACAAAUUCUAUAUUAAUGCUUCUUGCAAAGUUGUUGGCACAUCCGGGUAACAGCGACAGUGUGAGAAGCAACUUGGGUGAGCUGGUUCCUCGCUUGUGGCCGUUCCUGUACCACAGUAGUAGCUCUGUCAGAGGCUCUGCUCUCAAGACUUUGGACACACUUACAGCGUAUACUAGUCCAGCCAAAGUGUCCACUGAUACAGUGCCUUUGACAAGUGUAGUUAAAGAAAAGUCUGCAAAAGAGUCGCAUCAAAUUGAAAAAUCAGAACAAAAAGUGACUAAAGAUGUGGAAGUUAAAAUUGAAAAUGUAGAAAUAUUAACAAGUAGUGAAUCAAUAAACACUAAAGUAGAUGUAGAAAAUAUAGAACAUAAAGUUAGUGAAGCAGAAAAAGAAAAUAAUAAAUUGUUGGAUACAGAACGACAAAGUGACAAAUCUGUUAUAAGAAUAAAAGAAGAGAAGGUGGUUGACUCAGUGACCACAAAGAGCAGGGAUAAUGGAAUCUUGUCCCAAGUUACCAGAGAUAAGGAAGAUAUUAAUAUGGAAUCAACAAUCAAAACAAAAAAGGAAGUCAACGCAGAAUCACUAUGUAAAGAGGAGAACACUGAGGGCGACCAAACAAAGCAAGAAAUGGUGCCUACUAAAACAGAGGAAACUACUACUGCAGGAAGCAUAUGUUCAAACAAAGCAGUGAGUGAUACAGAGUCGUCCAAGGAGAUGGAUGUUGGAUCGGUUAAGACCACAGAUUCAUCAUGUGCGUGGCUUUGUUCCAUCAUCCAGCCAGCUCUGACCCACAUAUACCAGAGAGCUCUACUAGAGAAGUCCACGGAAAAUCUUGAUAUGGUGUUCAAGAUCUGGAGGCAGAUGCUGGCUAAUGUGUCCUUGGAUUAUCUUCUGCCUGCAGUGUGUCCAAUGGUUUCCCAAUGGCUCUAUCUCACAAUGGCCAAUCCCAAAGUGCCAUUAGAUGUAUCGGUUCUUCUCAUUGCUCAUCACAAUAAGUCAGGAGAGGGACGGAGAUUGCGCGGUAGUGCUUUAAACGACCCAACAGACAAAGCGGAGGUGAAGUUCUACCUGGGGAGUUGUGACCAGUUUAGUGACGCCAACAAUAAACAAAAAAGUGUCAUCAGGGCUCGGUGUGCAGCAGCAAAACUUCUUGGCCGUCUAUCUCAGUAUGUUAUCAAGCCAAUGCCGGGUGUGGAGUAUCCACCUGAGGACACUCCAGUUAUGUGCUAUGUGCGCAUCCUCCUUGCACAUCUCGUCUCACAGUCAGCUGUUCAGCGUCUUGGUGCUGGGGCAGUAGUGCGAGAGUGGGCAUCAAUAUAUCCCAACCAAGAGUGUCAUCCACAGCUCCAGAGUGCUCUUCAAACUUGCCUUACUGGAGUUGCCUACUAUGAUGAAAUUGCUGUUUCAUUUACCAAAUUACAGGAAGAGACCCGGGAUUUCAUGGCGAUGCUGCGGCACUACAAGCUCCCCUUGGACGAGUCAUUCACAUCAGCUCGCGUCCUGACAUUAGAACAGAUUCAGAAUCUCAGUGGGCACAUUGCACUUACUUUGUUUUCUGGAGGUCGUCUGAGGCCCAAGGUUCAUGCCACACUAGAAGAGAGACGGAAGACCAUUCAGAGUAGCGUCUCCCAGACCUCCACUGAUCAAAUAAGUUUAGCUACAACGACUCAAGCAGUAAUCUCUGGUGCUGUUGUGAGGUUUAGAAUUCUACCACGUAAUCUCAACCCAGUCAUCAAGCCUCUGAUGGACAGCAUCAAGAAGGAAAAAAAUGAACAGCUACAGAGUCUGGCUGCAGAGGAUCUUACUAAGCUUCUUGAGUUAUGUAUAGAUCGACCCACGUGUCCAAACGGUAAAGUAGUGAAGAAUCUUGCAUCAUUCCUGUGUAUUGAUCAGGAGUGCACUCCCAAGAUACCUCAACUGGAGGGUGUUAAUGCUGAAGACCUAUAUAAAGGCAUACUCAGCUUAUCUUCACAGUUAAAGAAUGCUGAGCGCCAACUUCUUCGACGUAGUUCUUCAGUGACUGGUCGAGGACCUGGCAGACCUCCUGGCCGCCCACCAGCCAAUGCAAAGCGUGAAGAUCCAGCUGAAGUAACUGAAGCUAUUCUUGAAAAUGAGAAUCAACGAUUGACUGAGAUUCAGAGACGUGGUUGUACAGUUGCCCUUCAGCGAAUUGCUCAAUACUUCGGGGAAGACUUGCCCCAAAAAAUACCUCAGCUCUGGGACUUAAUCUGCAACCCAUUCACAUCCCCUCCUGAAGGUGACCUAACUCCAGAAACUUCCCAAGAAGCUGUUAACUGGUUCCAGCUCCUAGAGGUGGUUGUUCCAGCACUUCAUACCCACUUGGUUGCUCAGCUGGAGACAAAGCUCCACCUGCUGGAUCACUGGCUGUAUCACCCCUACUGUGCUGUCCGCCACAUGGCCACUCGAGUGAUGGGAGCGCUGGCCUGUGUGCUCACUGUGCCCACUCUCACCUAUGUGGUUGAGAGUAUUGUACCUGCUCUUGGUGCCAUUGAUAAUGAUGGCAAGAGACAAGGGGCAGUGGAGUGCAUUUAUGCUGUCAUUGAUCGACUUGGAUUCAGUGUUGUGCCUUACAUAGUCCUCCUUAUUGUGCCUUUAUUAGGUCGCAUGAGUGACCCAGAUAACAGUGUUCGUCACAUGGCCACAUACUGCUUUGCAACGUUGAUCCGACUUCUGCCUCUGGAGGGAGGUGUUCCAGAUCCUCCCAGUCUGAGUGAGGAACUGUUGAAGCAAAAGAUGCGGGAGAGACAGUUCCUGGAGAAGCUUAUGGAUCCCACUAAGAUUGAGAACUAUAAAGUUCCUGUGCCAAUCAAUGCUGAGCUGAGAUCAUAUCAGCAAAAUGGUGUGAACUGGUUGGCAUUUUUGAAUCAGUAUAAACUACAUGGAAUAUUGUGUGAUGACAUGGGUCUGGGGAAGACACUUCAGUCCAUCUGCAUCCUUGCUGGUGAUCAUUAUGCUAAAGACCAAGACGAGAAAGCAGGAUGCAAAAGAAGUACACCCUUCCAGUCUCUUGUGGUGUGCCCACCCACCUUAACGGGUCACUGGGUGUAUGAAGUUGAGAAGUUUGUGAAGAAUAGAUAUUUAAACCCUCUACACUACACUGGCCCACCAACUGAGAGAUACAAACUGCGGCGCUUCUUUCCGGAUCAUAACUUGAUUGUGGCCUCUUACGACAUUGUCCGUAAUGACAUUGAGUUCUUCUCACAAAUUAGAUGGAAUUAUGUCAUACUGGAUGAAGGGCACAUCAUCAAGAAUGGCAAGACAAAGUCCUGUAAAGCCAUCAAGCAACUUAUAGCUCACCAUCGCUUGAUUCUCUCUGGUACUCCCAUCCAGAACAAUGUAUUAGAGUUGUGGUCACUCUUUGACUUCCUCAUGCCUGGUUUCUUGGGUACUGAGAGACAGUUCAUGGCACGUUAUUCUAAGCCAAUUCUGCAGUCCCGGGAUGCCAAGAGCUCCAGCAAGGAGCAGGAAGCGGGAGUUCUGGCAAUGGAAGCGUUACAUCGUCAGGCACUUCCAUUUUUACUGAGGAGAGUAAAGGAAGAUGUGCUUAGCGACUUACCUCCCAAGAUUACACAGGAUUAUUAUUGUGAACUGAGUCCACUACAGGAGGAACUGUAUGAAGAUUUUGCACGUACACAAGCUAGUCAGGACAUUAAUGAGUCACUCAGAAGCACAGACCAAGGGAAGGAUGAACAAGCACCAAAACAUGGCCACAUAUUCCAAGCACUACAGUAUCUACGUAAAGUGUGUAACCAUCCCAAGCUGGUGCUGAAGCCCCGUCACCCAGAGUAUGAACGUAUCUCUGCCAAACUAAAGACCUGUAGUUUAUCAAUGUCUGAUAUCUCCCACUCAGCCAAACUUCCAGCACUUAAGCAGCUGCUCCUGGACUGUGGUAUUGGGGUGGACAGUGGAUCAGUAACAGAAGCAGUUGUGUCCCAGCACCGAGCUCUCAUCUUCUGCCAGCUGAAGGCCAUGCUGGACAUUAUUGAGAAUGAUCUGCUCAAGGUACAUCUUCCUAAUGUGACAUAUUUAAGGCUGGAUGGUUCAGUGCCGGCAGGAUCAAGACAUGCACUUGUCCAGAGGUUCAAUGGAGAUCCAUCCAUAGAUCUUUUACUCCUCACAACACAAGUUGGUGGACUUGGGCUUAAUCUGAUUGGUGCUGACACAGUGAUCUUUGUGGAGCAUGACUGGAACCCAAUGAGGGACCUGCAAGCCAUGGAUCGUGCUCACCGUAUCGGCCAGAAGCGUGUGGUGAAUGUGUACAGACUUAUCACUCGAGGAACCCUUGAAGAAAAAAUUAUGGGGUUACAGAAGUUCAAGAUGAUGACGGCAAACACAGUGAUCAGUCAUGAGAAUUCAAGUCUACUCAGCAUGGGAACAGAUCAGCUUCUGGACUUGUUCACUCUGGAUUCUGGCAAGGGUGACACUGGUCACAGCAACAAGGAGUUUGCUGGUGGUGCUGUUACACAAGCACUUGGAGUGAAUGCUGCAGGAGCCAAAGCUGUGUUAGAGAAUUUACCUGAUCUAUGGGAUCAAAAUCAGUAUGAAAAUGAGUAUGACCUUGACACAUUUAUGGUUUCUCUUAAGAAGUAGCUGUGAGGAGUGAAUGAUAUGUAAUGUAUGUGUUAAGGAUAGUUGCAGGUCAAAUGGAUCCCAGUCCUAAUAUGCCCCAGCCUAACUUUACCUAACGAUUGUGAAUGAGGCCUAUUAGGAUCAAAACCAUUUAGGACUAGGGUCUGUUUGAUCAGUCACCAUCAAGAGUGAAUACUACAUUAUGCUUAGGAAUACCACAAAUAACAGUGUACUCAGCCUUAUUAUAUGUUAUUCUAGUUGUAAAUACAGGUAGUAAAAAAAGCACCAUGUGUAACUUAUUAUGUACAAAUUGUGAUCAAGAAAAUACAAAGUAAGAAAAUGGCAAUGACAAACUUUCAGAUUUUGACAGGUUGUAAAUGUGAUACUGAAUGCUAAUACAAUUGACUUCUAACUGUAUUAUUCUCCUUGGAGUACUGUAAAUGCAGAUGUGUGUUGAAGUUUACAAGACGUUGAGAACUGUUAAUUUUCUGACAUUCAUAUUUUCAUCCAUUUUAAUAGUGACCACUGUGUAAUAUUUAUACAUUUUGUAAUUCUAUUUCACUAAAUUUAUAGAAUUUUAAAGAAAAAAUAUUAAAACUCAGAAAAUAAGCAAUACAGUAUUUUAUGAGUAAUUGUAUAGGUAAAGAUUUAAUAAUGGUGAAUAGUUACACAAGAUAGUAUGACUGAUACAAAAUGUUUAGACUCUAGGAUAAAAACCUGCACAUUUAUACUAGUACUUUAUGACAGAAGUGUGCGGAUAUUGCCAAUUAUCUUGUAUUUUUAGAUAAUAUUGAUAGACUUUGUAACUACAGAGUAUAGUCAUGUUACCUGAUUAUGUAUGAAUGGUAUGACAGACUCUUUGAAAUUCAGUUGCAGGUCAAUUGGGGCCCUUGUCAAAAUAGGCCCCAACAUGGCCUAAUCACUGGGAUUUGGCCCUCAUUAGAUUUAGGGUCCAUUAGGUUUAGGACCCAGUCAUAAUGGUUAGGUUAGGUUGGAGUUUAUUUUAAUACUUAUUUGACUUUUUACUGAGUUCAUAUCCGAACAGUUUAUUAUUGUUAUUAUUAUUAUUAUUAUUAUUUUUAGCUAAGUUACCUUAAGUUAUCAGAUAAUAUAUUGCUGUACUUACAGUGCAAAGUUAACUGAACAAAUAUAUAUCCCCCAUCUGUUUUGCUGUCAUGUGGUAUAAUAAGUUGCUGUGAACAAAUAUAUGACUACUAGGGUUCUGUUCAGGAUUUUUUGUAUGUGGUAAAACUGACCAAGGGUUGGGAGUUGUUGAGGCCCUUUGAUGAUAUAAAGAGGGAAUGAAAUGACCUCCAUUGAGUUUAACUAAGAAAUCAUGCCAAGUUCAGACAACAGUAAAUCUGAGCUUCCUGUCUUAGGGAAGGAUAGAUAGAAUGGAAAAUGCCUGUAUGAUGAUGAUGAUGGUCAGUGAUAGGUGAGUAGAACCCUGGACCCGUGUGUGUUAUAUGUUGUGAUACAGAGUUGAAUAGAUCAAAUACUUGCUCGAAUGCUAUAUAUUUGAGCAGUGGCUUUGUGAUAAUUUUCAGUUUUUAUGAUCUUUCUUCAGUUUAAGUUAAGUAUUCUGAUAUUUUCCCAAAUUGAUAUAAACGGUUUUAAAAAAAUUUAGUUUUUAUUUUAUUUUGUAUACAUUUAGAAACUUAUUGAAUCUGUCUAUCUGUUCUUUCUUUUACUCCCUUCUGUGUUGAUAGUGGAUCAAAGGAAACAGAAAAUGUACUUCCUCCCUUUCUAGUCUUUCUUCUGCUUAAUUCACCGCAUACAGAAGUUGGGUUAGAGGAAAAAUAACAAAUAGAAAGAUUGAUUCAUUGAGAUAAGUUUCUCAGUUACUCUUGGAAGCCGUUAGGUUAGUAAGUGAGUUGUGCUGCCAGACUGACAUUUUAACCCCCUUCUGUCAAAGCUUAAUGCAGUAUCAUGGAUUUUGUUUAGGUAAAAAGAAAAGUCUUAUAAUGUCAGUGUGCCAGCAUGGUCCACUUGACAACCAAUCUAGUAGGGUGGGUGAGGCUGGGGGGAGGCUGGUCUGGAGGUAUAUCCCCAACUCAGGAGGUAGAAGAACAUUACCCCUUCCGGAGACUCUGCUUUCUCUUUUUGUGGGGGAAUUGCAUUAAACCAUUCUAAUUUAAAUAAUAUUGUUACACUUAUUAGAUUUUCAAGGUGUAAUAUACAAUCUCAGACUUGAUAUAUUGUGCCAAAAUCUUUAUAAUUUCAUUUUAUCUUUUUCUUCUUGUCUCAGCAUAGAAAGAUGAUAAUAACAGGUGGGUGUGUCAGGCUUCCUCUGGAUAUCUUUAGAUCUAUUUUCUGUUAACAUAAGUAUUAUAAGUAAGAAAAAUUUUCUACCAAUACGCUGUAUUUGAAGUGCAUUUCCAGUCAAGGUCUCAGAGAUAUACCAUGCCUUUCCAAAUUAACCAUAACUUUGAACAUUUUUUAAUUUAUGUUUGGUUUGUUGAGAUUAAUUCUGGUGUUUACAAAACUUUUUAUUUUCAAUAAGCUUCCUUAUACAGAUAUCUUGAUUGAUGUUUUUAUCAUAUUUUUCCAGAUCUUGUGCUUAUUUUGUCUGUAAAUUAGCAAUAAUUUUUGUUAAUAAGAAAACUGUGAUGAAAUCAUAAUUGAUAUUUUAGUGUAUUUCAUGAAAAAAUAAAUCGGAUGAAAUUCAUCAUUCCACACCUUCAACCAAGACACUAUCCUCUCUUCUCCAUUUCUUAUCACCAGUACACUUGUGAAACUUUUCUCACUCAACUGUAGUUCUUAUACCUCACAAAUAACGGUUUCCUUCCCUGUGUUCUACCACACAUCACCUGUUUCUUCAAAUGUAAGGCAGACAGACAUUCUACCACAUGCAGUAAUUUAGUUUUUGAGUUUAUCUCGUCUGUUUACCUUCUAAGGCAAAGAAGAAACAAAGAUACUGUGUUAAACAAUUAUAAGUUUCUUAUAGCUCAAGCAAAUUGAUAUCAUGAAAGAAUUUCCCAAAUAGAUAGAUUGUAAAAUUAUGGGUUAACCUCAGGUUGUCACGAGAAGAAACUAGAACUGGUUUUCAAAUGGCUUUAUUUACAAAAAUUAUUUCAAAUAACUUUUUAUGAGAAAAAACUAACAGGAUUAGCUAUAAAAUGUGCUGUGGUUUGUCCUCUUCUUCAAACAAACAAACAAACAAUACAAUUCUUCAUAAUACUAAAUGGGGGAAUUAGUUAGGCAACUCAGGUCAGCAUUAGGGUGUUUUAAUCAUCAGGUAAAAUAUGUGGGAGUUCCUAAUCUUUGUUAUCCAUUUUCACACGAGUGAUCUAGGUACGAAUGCAGGAAAUGAGUUUUGUGGUAUACAGUCCCUGGUGCAUCAAAAGUUUCUUUUGGUGUGGGCAUGGUUUAUAAAACUGAUGAUAAAUAUUUUGAUAGGUAACCUGAUGGAUUAAAAAUUCCAAGAGUUUUCCAUGUUAGGAAAAUGGUAAAAUUCCCUAAAUAAGCAAAAACAUUGGAGUCCUGCGUAUUAUCUAUUACACAAUUUUUAAAUACAGUAUAGUGUAAUACCUAGAAAAAUCAUGAACACACCUUAGUACAGUAUCAUGAAGGCAGGUUAGUUGUGGAAGAAACAACAUUUUGAGAAGGAGGAGGAUCCUUGACAAUGGGUAUUUCACUUGACCAUAAUGUAUAGUACAGUACAGUAGCUGUCUUGAUCUACUCAAUAUUGACAUGAUCACUCCUUCAAAAAUUUCUCAUAACAAACCUUUAACAUUUACUUUCUUCAGUAGUAUGCUUUUGAAUUGUUUAUGUAUAACCUUAAUCAAACCCUAUUUACAAUUUUGUUCUGUAUGUUUUCACAGUUUUCAUGACUGAUUUCAUGAAUUCUUUUAUAUUAUGGAGGCGAUCAGUACAAGGGCAGAUCCAGGGGGGUCCUGGGGAUCUGGACCCCCCUUUUUAUCAGAAAAUUGCAAUACUUUUUCUUUAAUGCAAUAUUGUACUCAGGCAUUUUUUUUAGUAAAAAGUAAUUACUAUUGACCUCAGAGUAUCUCGUAGUAUCAAGUACACAUGGCUUUAAAAUGACCUCAAAAUUCCCAUGGGCUCACUUUGCUCGCCCUGUUCCACCAUUCAAAACAAAUUGGACC